AUGAAGCUGUUGCAAGAAAAAUUUUUGAAAAAGAAAAUCCAGGGGGUAGACAUUGAAGCCAUCAGACAAGAAGAAGAAAGAUUAGCAGCUGAGAAGAUGAAGAUCAGCAAGCUAAAGUCUGAUAAGGAGAAACCAAUCUCUGAUUCCUCAAAGAAACAAUCAAGACCAAAAGAAAAAGGGAUUGUAAUUGGAGAAAUCAAUUACUCUGAUAUCAAUAGACCCAGAACUAGAGCUCAAGCAAAGCCUGAGAUUGAGUCCAAUGAUAAAGGGAAGAAACCUGUUGAUGGUGUCCCUGUUUUAAAGAAGAAGUCAAUUGUCAAGAUUGCAUCAGAAGCUCCUUCUCAAAGACUGGUACAGUUAAACAAAGCUACAAAGAUAAUAUCUGAUGUGUCUGGUAUAGUUGAAGAAGAAGAGGAAGUUGGACUGACCAGGAAAAGAAGAACUUCAGAAACAAUGGUCAAGUCAGUCUCUGAUCUAAACUUAACCUCUGACAUUGCUCAAAAAAAUAGCUCUGUUAUGGAGACUAUAGCUAAUAGCAGAAUCUUGGGAUACAAUAAUGAUGCAGAUAGACCAAGGGUGAUCCAACUGGGGGAAGCAAUGAGAAAAAGCAAGGCAAAUGCUUUGAGAUCAGCUAUAUACCAAACUGGGGAAGACACUGAAGAGCUCAGUCGUAGGGUGCCUUUCAAAGAGAUUGAUUUAAACCAAACAUCGAGAUUGAGGGUGCAAGGAUUUUCAAGCAAUGCAACUCGUGCAACCAGUGAAGUUUCAGGAGUAUACAUUCCAAGGCGUCGCGGUCCAGGUAUUGCUACCUUACUUGAGAGGAAACAAAGUCACAAACAAAAGGAUGCAGACAAUGUUGAAUCCGUCAAGAAGUUAUAUUCACAAUUUGAGAAUGCUGUCAAGGAAGAUGAUGGACGUACUGCUGAUUUGCGCACGUGGAAAGAUUACAUGAAUCUUGGACCGCCUAAUGUCACAUGUGCAAAUUGUGGAUCCCUUAUGUGGAAUAUGGAAAGAAAUAAUAAGUCUAUUAAGACUGUCCCCCCCACUUUUUCAUUGUGUUGUCGAAAUGGACAAGUAGUGCUGCCUAAGGAGAAGAAACCUCCCGAGCUCCUUCAGUCAUUGCUCACAUCUGAUCAGAGGUCAAAGAAUUUCAAAAAAAACAUAAGAGUCUACAAUGCAAUGUUCGCAAUGUCCUCCAGUGGUGGUAAAGUUGACCACAAAAUAAAUCAUGGUGGUGCUCCUUAUUGUUUUAAAAUCAGAGGCAUGAACCUUCACUUUGUAGGCAGUCUGCUGCCGUUGGAGGGUCAAGCACCGAAGUUCUGUCAGUUGUACAUCUAUGACACUAGGAAUGAAUUGAAUAAUAGGUUAAAUUCUUGUGGGAAUAAGGUCAGUGAGGAUAUUGAUCACAGUAUUGUGGAGGACAUACAGGGUAUGCUGCACACACACAAUAACUUUGUUAGGCAAUUCCAAACAGCUAGAGAACGAUUCAAAAGUAAUGAGCAAGAUGAGUUCAGGUUGGUUUUGGUCUCUUCGCAGGCGGCUAAUGGAAGGCCAAACAAAGUUGGUCCCUAUGAUGAGGUUGGUAGUCUGAUUGUGAAUCAAAACGAGGACACUUCUGGAUUCAGGGACACCGUAGUUGAGACACGACAGAAGGAGUUGAAAAGAGUCUGGGAAACAGACGUUUAUUUUAUGCAGCUCCAGUAUCCAUUGCUUUUUCCGUUGGGAGAAGACGGCUUGACACCUCAUAUGGGUGGUCGAUUGUGGCUGCAAUACGUGGUCGAUGCCUUCACAGCUAUUGAGAUGUAUAGGUUGGACUGGAUAAGCGGGAAUCAAACAACAAUUCGGUCUGAUCUAUACAACUUUGUACGCGAUGCAAUCAGAAAAGGUGAUAAUGACCCAAGUCAGUACUUCAAAGAUGCAUUGGCUUUAUGUCGUUCAAUUGGACAUCCUUCGUUGUUUCUCACAAUGACGUGUAAUACCAAAUGGCCUGAGAUAACUGAUAUGAUGAAGCACUUACCAGGUGUAAAGGCUUCUGAUGCACCUGAUGUUAUUGCUCGGGUCUUCAAACUUAAGCUUGAUCAGCUAAUAGAACUUAUUAAAAAGAAGAAUUAUUUUGGUCGGUACAACAGCAACACUUAUUUUGAUGAUUGCGGUUUUCCUGUUUAUAAACGACGGAAUACCGAAGCCAAGGUGAAGCGUAAAAGACAUGACCUUGACAAUCGUUUUGUUGUCCCAUAUAACCGAGAUCUGUUGUUGCGAUUCCAGUGUCAUAUCAAUAUUGAGAUUUGUAACAACUCUUGGUCGUUGAAGUAUUUAUUUAAAUAUUGUUUAAAAGGACAUGAUACCGCGACAAUGAUGCUCCGAAAGUCGAAAGGAAAUGGUAAUGUGGUAAGUGCAGAUAAUAAAUCUCGACAGAUGAAUGAGGUCAAGAAUUAUCUAAAUGGUCGCUACAUUUGUGCUUCUGAAGCGUCUUGGAGAAUUUUUGGGUUUAAUAUUCAUUCUCGAUGGCCGUCUGUUGAUCAUCUUCCAAUCCAUUUACCCAAUAAUAAAUAUGUGAGGUUUAGAACUGGAGAGAGAGUCUCCAAGGGGUGGAAGCCGUGCCAAAGGGGAGAAGUGGUUGGCAGAGUUUCAGAAGUCCAUGCAACUGCAGGUGAUUUGUUGUUUCUUCGCAUGCUACUAAUGAGGAGGAAGGGAGUGUUGUAUUUUGAAAACAUAAGAGCCAUUGAUGGCAUCGCGUAUCCUACUUUUAAGGAGGCCUGUGGUGCUCUUGGUCUGCUGCACAAUGAUAAACAAUGGAAUGAUGCCAUGGAAGAGAAUGCACACUCAUCUUUGGCUCAUCAGCUUCGUGAAAUGUUUGUGAAUAUUUUAUGUUACUGCUCUGUUACAAAUCCUGGAGACCUUUGGCAGUUACACUGGCAGUCUAUGGCAGAUGAUAUUAUACAUAAGAAGCGGAAGGAGAGUGAUGACAAUUCUUUGCAACUAUCUGAAUCGGACAUUCAAAAUUAUACCCUUGCUGGUAAUAAUAUUUUUUGUAUCAAAGUUAUAAAGUAUGUUAGGAAUAUGUGA